AUGGCAACAACAGACCAGUCGCAGGAGUCACUGACGCAGCCGAGCAAGGCUUCCGACAGCCCUUGGGACAUCAUCGUUCAAUAUCCCACGCAGCCUCCAAACCCCAACGAGCUGAAGUGGUGGAAGAACAUCGCCCCGCUCAUGGGCCGCCUCCUCCAAGUCGCACAAUACCCUCUACCCCAACAGUACCACUACCUCCUCUUCCUCCGCAAUCAGCUCGUACCCUUCCUAGGCCCGUACCCGCAUCAAUGGCGCAGCCUGCUAACCAUUACGGGCCACCCAUUCGAGAUGAGCCUCAAUUUCCAGGGCAAUGGCUCCGCGUCGACCGUGCGUCUCACCAUGGAACCCAUUGGACCGAUGACAGACACGGCCCAUGACCGCUUCAAUCAGGUGGCGGCCGCGCAAAUAUCCGCCCAGGUGGCAGCUCAGGGGCUGAAGGCCUUCGACAUGGAGUUGCACCGGCAGAUCAUGGGCUACUUCGCCGUCUCCGGCGAGGAGGAGCAACGGCUCGUGCGCGACUACGCAUUCAAGCCCCACUCGGUGCAAGGCACCUACUGCAUCGGGUUUGAUUUCCUGCCUGCCGGCACCAUCGCAGCCAAGGGCUAUGCGUUCCUGGGCGUCCGGUGGAAACUCGCCCCGGCGGCGCUGGGAGCCGCCGUUCUCGAGUGUCUGGCACGCAUGUACGCGCGAACCGGGACCGGAAAUGUGGCUGCGGCGCGGAUGGCGGUCGAAUAUCUGGAGGCCGGCAAUCAUUUCACGGAAUUCAACUUUCUAGGGUGGGAUUAUGCUGAUGCGGCGACGUCAAGGUUGAAGCUCUACGGGAUGUGUGGCGGCGAGAAGCCUCCAAGUCUGGAGAAGGCGGAGGAUGUGUGGACGCUGGGGGGGAAAGCGCAGGGAGAAUCGUGGUGUGAGAAGGGUCUCGAGCUGCUGCGUCGGCUGUGGGCGUAUCUGGAGGAAGAUGACGAGGCGGGAAUGGAGCUCUUCGUCUUAGCUUGGAACUAUGAGAUCCAUACGGAUCGCGAGACGCCUCUCCCCAAGAUGUACCUGUCGCUGCAUCGGAAGAACGACUUAUUUGCGGCCAGGGCUCUGGCCCGGUUUUUUCGGUCACUCGGUUGGGAGGAUAAGGCGAAUACUUACAUCGAUGACCUGCAGUAUGUUUUUGCGCAUGAGGAUCUGAGCCGAACCACUCGGGUCCACAGCAUCGUGUCCCUCGCGUAUACGGAGGAGAAAGGAGCGUAUGUGAGCAUGUACUAUCAUUCCUGCUUGGAGUAUGGGACUUCUCUGUUGGAGUAGUACUUUGAUUUCUCGAAUGGGGUGUUGAAGACUGUUUGAGCCGGGGGGUUAGGGAGCUUUGCGAAUUUGAGGAGGGAGAUGAAUAUGGCCGGGCGAGGCGAGCCGGAAGGCUUAAAUGGGUGCCCGGUGGUUACUGCCAGGUCUUCAAGCACGGCAAAGUGGGCAAACACUCCAUGCUUCCAGGUAUCUUCGGCUAGUAGUACAGUGCUCGAGCAUACCAUUACAUUACUUGAAGCUUUGUGUUGAUCUACUGAUAUGCCCCGUCCAAAUCCAUCUUGACUAGCCCGCUAAAGCUCUCUUAGUCAACGUCACAAGUCUUGC